AUGAAAGACAUGCCCCAAGGAACCGGCACCCUCACAAGUGACAAGGGACGUGUCCUCGGUCAAUUCGAGGUUGAAGGGUUUCAGUAUAUAUUCGCGGGAAAUCUAGGCAGCUUUGUGCAGUCUUUUUCCGUUCCAAAUGCCGAUGUCUCCUAUGAGUCGGCCGAUCAACUACACAAAGAAGCUGCUGAGUUCGAGCCGUCGCCCAUACAAAAGGACCAGAUUCAACUCAGGCUCAAGAACGGGGUGACGAUUACGGGCGGUUUUGAUAUGCCUUUUAGCGAUGGCGAGGUGAAGAAAGGGACCGUUGUUGGCGGGCUGGGGAAAUGGUUGAAAUUGUGA